CGAGGACGGAACUCUCCCCGCUUUAGAGCCCUCUGAUCCUCUCCCUCCUGCCGAUGGAGAUCUCCGGUGCUGCGCUCCGGCGAGUUCCGGCCGUCUCCAGCGCCGGGUUCCAGCGUGAUGCCGGCGAGCCUUCCUUUUCUGGCUUCUCGAUCGCCGCCGGCUGUGGGAGAUUUGGGGUCAAGAUAUCAUCCUGGCCGAGGCGGGUUCGCGGCGGUUGCGGGUUCUCCGACGAGGGAUACUUGAGGUACUACGCGACGCCGGCAAGAUGCGGCGGGGGGAGGAAGAAGGAGGAGAAGAGGAGGGCGAGGUUGGUGGAGAGUUUGGCGAGGGAUUUGUCGGCCUUCUAUUCGGUGGGUUUCGGCGUGGAGGCCGGACAAGCAGUCGUGGGAGAUGUCAAGGCGAAGAUGAUCACGGAGGCGGCAGAGGUUUUGCUGGCACAGCUGAACCAGCUAAGAGCUGGCGAGAAAGACAUGGAAAGGAAAAGAAAGGAAGAGAAGAAGGAGAUGAAGAGAAAACGGAAGGAAGAGAAGGCUGCAAUGAAAGCAGCAAGGUUGAAAGAUUCUGCCGAUCUUGAUGCCUCCAGCACUUCCUCUGAAUCCAGCAACAGUGAUGGGGAAACAGUAGUCAAGAUGAGCAGCCUAAGAACUACUUCUCUUCCACACCCCAGACUGAAAAGCUUGGAAGUUCGAAAAGAGGCACCUAAGUGCAAUGAAGACCCAAUAACUCUGGAACUUGGAACAGAAGAAAGAAUGGAAGAGAAUCGCACCCUUCUGAAGCCUGACCAAGAAUGCAGCAGCAGCAGCAGCACUGAUGUUAGCUGUAAGUGCAGUGAGAUAGUAGUCGAAGAGCCUGCGGAUAGGAUUGAAGUUUGUGUGGGAGGGAAAUGCAAGAGGUCUGGUUCUCUAGAGCUAUUGAAUGAACUCCAGAGGAAGGCGGGCAUUGAAGGUGUUGUUGUUGGCUGCAAGUGCAUGGGCAAAUGCAGGGAUGGACCAAAUGUUAGAGUUUCAGAUCAUUGUGUGGAUUCUGUUAAGCCUCCUGGCAACCCUUUGUUUAUUGGUGUUGGAUUAGAGGAUGUUGGUACAAUUUUAGCCGAGUUCUUUGGGGAGAAGAAAGAUGUAGGCCUUGUUGCUGCUUAGACUGCUUAGAGAUAUCCCUUUGUACAUUAGCAGCUGCCAAUCUUCAUGGUUUCUAUAGAUAAAAAGCAAAUGUUUUUUUUUUUUCCUAGUGUAACAAUGGGUUGCCUCAAUCAUGUAAAAAUUUGGCUUCAAAAUUCUCCUGUUGGUGACGGCUUGGUGAUCCACCCUUGCUGUGAAUCUAUUUAUAACAGCAACCAA